CAGAGCUUCCCGGUCCCCUCGGCUCUCCUCCCGCUGCUGAUGCUGCUGCUCGGGCUCUGCAGCGGCACAAGUUUCCCAAGUAACAUCAACAUAGGAGGCCUUUUCCCCACCGGCUCCCAUGAAUACGAGGUGUUUCGUUUUGCUCUGGCGCAACACCAGGACGUCCCCAAACUGGUGCCACAAGUGGACAUGGUGGACACGGGGAGCAGCUUCGCCAUGACCUACGCCUUCUGCUCCCAGUUCUCAAAGGGCGUGUACGCCAUCAUGGGUCUGUACGACCGGCGGACGGUCAACAUGCUGAUGUCUUUCUGUGGCUCUCUGCACGUCUGCUUCGUCACGCCGUCCUUCCCCGUUCAGACCAACAACCAGUUCGUCCUGCAGCUGCGGCCCCAGCUUCAGGAGCCCCUCAUGGCCCUGCUGGAGCACUUCGACUGGACCAGGUUCGUCUACAUGUACAGCGCCGACUCAGGUCUGUUGGUGCUGCAGAGGAUCUUGGACACGGCGGCGGAGCGGAGUUGGCAGGUCACGUCCGUUAACUUGGACACUCUUACAGAAACAGCCUUCAUCAAGCUGCUGGCAGAUCUGGAUUAUAAAAAGGACUUUCAGAUCAUCAUCGACUGUGAGCUGGAACGGCUCAACUCCAUCCUCAACCUGAUUGCUGCUCAGAGAAGAAAUUUGAAGAAUUACCAUUACAUCCUAGCCAAUCUGGGCUUCAUGGACCUGAACAUGACAGAAUUUCAGAAGCUCGGGCCGAACGUGACUGGCUUCCAGCUGGUGAACCGGUCCGAUCCAGCUGUGGAGAAGGUCAACCAGGACUGGCUGGACUUCGACAGCAAAGACCUCAAACUGGCCCGCAGGAGGCUCAGGUACACAGGAGCUCUGACCUACGAUGGCGUCAGCGUCAUGGCGACGGCUUUUCAGAACCUGCGGCGGCAACGGAUCGACAUCUCUCGCCGUGGCAACGCAGGGGAGUGUCUGGCAAACCCUCCCGCCCCCUGGGGACAGGGCAUCGACAUACAGAGAGCACUGCAACAGGUGCGUCUGGAGGGGCUGACGGGUUGGGUUCAGUUUGAUGAGCGAGGACAUCGCACCAACUACACUCUGACUGUGAUGGAGCUCAGCCACACCGGACCCAGGAAGAUUGGCUACUGGAACGAGAGGAGAGGCUACGUGAACACAGCUGUCUACAGGCCGGUGGUGGAGGAGUUCCACGGUCUGCAGAACAGGACAUACAUCGUCACCACCAUACUGGAAGCUCCAUACAUGAUGCUGAAAAAGAACCAUGAGCAGUUUGAAGGAAAUGAGAGGUACGAAGGUUACUGUGCUGAACUGGCCUCAGAGAUCGCCAAACACGUCGGCUUCGUCUACCGGCUCGAGCUGGUGGGCGACGGCAAGUACGGCGCCAGAGACGCUGAUACAAAGAUGUGGAACGGCAUGGUGGGGGAGCUGGUAUACGGGAAGGCUGACGUGGCAGUUGCCCCACUGACCAUCACUCUGGUGCGAGAGCAGGUGAUCGACUUCACCAAACCUUUCAUGUCGCUGGGAAUCUCCAUCAUGAUCAAGAAACCCACCAAAUCCAAACCGGGCGUCUUCUCCUUCCUCGACCCGCUGGCCUACGAGAUCUGGAUGUGCAUUGUCUUCGCCUACAUCGGAGUCAGCGUGGUGCUCUUUCUGGUGAGUCGUUUCAGUCCUUAUGAAUGGCAGGGUGAAGACUCUGAUGAGCAGAAAGAAAAAGAGACUGUGGAACACACCAACGACUUUGGGAUCUUUAACUCUCUCUGGUUCUCACUCGGGGCCUUCAUGCAGCAGGGCUGUGACAUCUCCCCCAGGUCUCUCUCUGGUCGAAUCGUUGGAGGAGUUUGGUGGUUUUUCACCCUCAUCAUCAUCUCCUCUUAUACAGCCAACCUGGCAGCCUUUCUCACCGUGGAGAGAAUGGUGUCCCCCAUAGAGAGUGCAGAGGACCUGGCCAAGCAGACAGAGAUCGCCUAUGGUACCUUGGAUGGAGGCUCCACCAAAGAGUUCUUCAGGCGGUCAAAGAUAGCAGUUUUUGAGAAGAUGUGGUCGUACAUGCGGAGCGCAGACCCCACAGUGUUCGUCAAGAACACCAAUGAGGGUGUAAGUCGAGUCAGAAAGUCGAAGGGGAAGUACGCCUACCUGCUGGAGUCUUCCAUGAAUGAGUACAUCGAGCAGAGGAAGCCCUGCGACACCAUGAAAGUAGGAGGCAACCUUGACUCCAAAGGCUACGGAGUGGCCACACCCAAAGGAUCGCCCCUCAGAAACCCUGUUAACUUGGCAGUAUUAAAACUGAACGAGCAGGGCCUGUUGGACAAAUUGAAAAACAGAUGGUGGUAUGACAAAGGAGAGUGCGGCACCGGGGGAGGGGACUCCAAGGACAAGACGAGCGCGCUCAGUCUGAGCAAUGUGGCGGGUGUGUUUUACAUCCUGAUUGGUGGGCUGGGGCUGGCCAUGCUCGUGGCUCUGGUGGAGUUCUGCUACAAGUCCCGUAUCGAGUCGAGAAGAAUGAAGGAGCUCAUCGAUGCCGCCAUGAUGAGCACCAGCCUGGGCGGGAUGGUGGCGUCAGGACUCGGAGGCGAGAACGGCCGUGUGAUGGCACACGAUUUCCCAAAAACUGGAGCUCAUGGUUUACCCUGCAUGAGUAAAGCUGCUGGCCUGGGACUGUCCUCCACAGGCAUGUGA